GUUGUUUCUUUGCAACACGUUUUCAAUUUAAAAUAUAUAUUAGAAAAUAAUGUUUAUAAUAAUUGUUAAUCAACCACUGAUAAUAAAAUGGACAACAAAUUAUUUUCAAUAAAAGCAGAAAAAAUAUCUAAGCAAUUUUUGUGCACAACUCCUUUAUUAAAUUUCGACUGGCAAAAUAUAUUCGACAUAUUCUUAACUGAAGAUCAACAGUUAUAUAUUUUAAACAAAACAGUAAAUUCAGAAUUAGUGUUAAAGUAUCCCAUACAAUUAAAUUAUCAAAAAUCAUUCCUAAAGCAUAUUAUAAACAAUUUGGAAAAUAAAUUAUCAACAGAGUCGGUACAGGAAUCUGUAAUUCACGAUGAUGUAUAUUCAGCGUAUGGUCGUUUGGUGGCAGCAGGUGACAGUUAUGAAGCAAAUUACAAACAUUAUUUAUUUGGAAAUAAUGGACAAAAAAUUAUAUUAAAAGAAAGCAAUAGUUUAAUUUCUGAUGGGACAACUGGAUUAAGAACUUGGCAGGCUUCAUUAGCAUUAUCAGAAUGGAUAAUCCAAAAUAAAGAACAUUUCAACGAAAAAUCGGUUCUCGAAUUAGGAUCUGGAAUAGGCUUGACUGGAUUAGUCCUACAGAAAAGUUGUCUCCUAAAAUUUAUUUAUUUAACGGACUGCCACAGUACAGUGUUGGAAAACUUGUGUGAAAAUAUCAAAAUAAAUAUUUCCGAAACUGAUAAUGUAGAUAAUAGGAAUUUAUUGGUUAAUACCAACAUAGGAAAUAGGUGUUUACACACUAACAACGAUCCUUCAACAUUGAGUAUACUGAACCUUCCUUGGGAGGAUUUUAAUUCAGAAAUAUGUAAAGACUUGGGUGCUAUAGAUAAAGUCAUAGCAGCCGAUAUUGUAUAUGAUACAGAUCUUUUUGAAUCGUUAAUGAAUGCCAUAAAAUGUUUAAAAGAUUAUUGCGGCGUCGAGGAGUUUAUUUUUUCAUGUACAGAAAGAAAUUCGGAAACGCUCGAUGAAUUUUUAACAUUAAUGAGACAAUUAUUUCGAGUAAUAGAACAAGUGACAACUCCCAAUCAAUCAAUUUUUAUAUGGCCAAAUGAUACACCAAUUAAGAUAUUUAGGUUCAAGGAUUGAAUAAUUUGGAACGCAUCGAUACCUAAUAAUUUAUUAAUCAAUAUCAAUAAAUGCUA